AUGCUGCCAGAAUUUUCUUCAGUUAUUAUUUAUGGAUUCACGUCUGAUAAAAUAUCUGUUUAUUAUUUGCUUAUUCAACAUGAUAAAGAAAAGCAACAAGUGAGACGAAGUAACAAGCGAAAGGACGAUGAUAAACUACUCGGACAAUCAAAGAUAUUCUCGAAACUUCCGCAGGCUUAUUCGAUGAACAGAGUGUUUCAAAGAGCAGCAAACAAGAGAUGGGACUGCAGCAUUUACAGCGUGGCGUACAGGUUAAGUAUAAUAUGGUCAAAACGACUUCAAUCUCGGUGCAGUUGCGUAAGUGGCUGCGUCAGAAGAGGAAGCGGAGCUAUCGGUUGGGAUUGGGGCCCCAGUGACUCCACACUUCACCCAAUCCGUAUGGAAUUUGUUAAGGUUGCACCUUGA